AUGUCGGCAGACUACUGGUCGUCGUCCCAGCGAACGAAAUGGCAAGUGAGUCGGGAAGCAUUAGAGGAAAACCGUCGCAGACUCAUUGUUCUUGAAAAGAAAUUGGUUCAAUCUGGAUUAAUCAAAGACCAACCACAUAUUAGGUAUGAUGCCAAUAUGCGCAUUUAUCUACAUACGCUAUUAGUCAAACUUGGAAGAAGACUCAAUGUCAGACAAGUCGCAUUGGCGACAGCAGAAGUGUAUCUCGUGCGCUUUUUGGUUCGAGUAUCGUUACGAGAGAUCAACAUCUAUCUACUAAUAACCACCUGUCUCUACGUUGCAUGUAAAAUUGAAGAAUGUCCGCAACACAUACGGCUCAUAGUGUCAGAGGCACGCAAUCUUUGGCCUGAGUAUAUUCCUCAGGAUGUCGGAAAGUUAGCCGAGUUUGAGUUCUACUUAAUUGAAGAAAUGGACAUGUACCUCGUACUACACCAUCCUUACAAAUCACUCAUUCAAAUACGGGACUUCUUGGAGGGCAAUUCAUCUCUGUAUGGAUUCACACUAGGGAAGGAUGACCUACAGCAUGCGUGGUCUUUGCUCAAUGACAGCUAUAUCACAGACUUGCAUUUACUAUUUCCCCCUCAUACAAUUGCGAUAGCAGCGAUAUACAUUAGCAUUGUUCUAAGAAAGAAUCUCAAUAUAAUCCGAGCUGGUGCUGGCUCAGAUUCCAACAAGUACACAGACUCCAUGAAAAUGCAAAUUGAUGAUAUCGUUUCGAUUACGGGAGAUUCCACAAUCCGGUCAAGCACAAAUUAUCAGAGCCAUAGCCAUAGCAUUGACGAGGACACGAUAAAGAUCGAUCGCUUCAUGGAUUUUCUCAACCAUUCACAUGUUAACUUGAAUGAGGUUAUCGAAGCCACGCAAGAAAUGAUCAGUCUUUAUGUGGCUUGGGAUCGAUACAAUGAAGGACAAGUUCGCAAAGCAUUGCAGUUCAUGUUAUUGGGUAGAUAA